UAUAGUUGUCAAGGAUGAGGAACUUUCCCACGAUUUCAAAAACUGCAAUAAUGAUGACCAAGCAAUAUAAGAAUGGGAACUUACACCAUCGAAGGACGAAGUUUAUCGUUAAAUACACUGCUUGUAGUUUUUGAAAAAGACCCAUUGUCAAUUAAAACAGAUGAAACAACAAAGGCAACAUGUUUGAAAAAAGCAACGACGACUUCUCCACGUUCAACUACAGAUGUCAGUGUUCCUAGUAUUAUUGCAGUCCCUGGAGAAAUAACUACAGUACAGGCAUGUCGCAUCACCCCGCAAGGAGACUGGCUAUAUGUUAGCGUGUCCGUCUAUUACAACCAGACAUCGCAUGUCAUCGAGAAAUUCCACUACAAUCAAACUGUAGAAAAACCGGAUUUAGUAGACAGGUUCAGUGUUGUCACAGGCAUGAGCUAUGAUGAUAUCAUUGUGAACAUGACUCUAAAUUUAACAGCGCCUACAACAGAUAUUUGUUCCUUGGAUCACCUAUAUAAAGUUUCAUGCUCCGUGACAAUGAAUGAUAUUGUUAAGUCUGAAUGGGCUAACAUGCAGCAGCUAGAUUAUCAUCACAGGUACGGUAUCUAA